AGAGCGACUCAGAGAAAUAGAAAAUUGAGGAGAAAAGAAGGAGGGAGAACCGAUGGCAACGUAGAGGAUUGAUCGACCUCUAAAGACUCAUGUCUGAGGAGGAAGCCCUGAAGAGGAGGAAGAGGAAAGAAAAGGAGUCAGGAAUGGCUCUUUCUCAGGAACGUUUGGCCUUCGAGGAUGUGGCCAUCAAAUUCUCUCAGGAGGAGUGGGAAUGCUUGGACCCUGCUCAGAGGGCCUUGUACAGGGACGUGAUGGUGGAGACCUACAGGAACCUGCUCUCCCUGGAUAUCUCUCCCACACAUGUUAUCAAGAAAUUACAACCAAAGGAGAACACUAAUUCAACAGAUAUAUUCCAGACAGUGAUUUUGGGAAGACAUGAAAGCCAUGAAGUCAAAGAUUUUUACUUAAGGGAAAUCCGAGAAAAUAUGCAUCACUUUGAGUGUCAGUGGAGAGGUGAUGAGAGAAAUUACAAAGGAAUGCCUGUAACCCGUAAUGAAAAUCUCACUGAUAGAGAAGAUCAACAUGGUAGAAGUGAUGCAGGAAACAAGCCUAUUGAAAAUAAGCUUGCAUUAAGCUUUCAGGAUGAACUGCAGAUAUUUCAGACUGAAAGGAAAAUUUAUGAAUGUAAUCAAGUUGAGAAGUUCAUCAACAAUAGUUCAAUUUCAACUCUCCAAAGAAUUACUCCUAGUGUCGGAACCAACACUUCUAAUAUGUAUGGGAAUGAUUUUAUCCAUCCUUCAAUACUGACACAAGACCAUAAAGCCCACAGGGAAAAACCUUACAAAUGUGAUGAGUGUGGCAGAGCCUGUAGUAUGUCCUCAAGCCUCACGAACCAUCAGGUAAUCCAUACUGGAGAGAAACCUUACCAAUGUAAUGAAUGUGACAAGGCUUUUUUCCAUAGUUCCAAACUUGUAAAACAUCGAAGAAUUCAUAGUGGAGAGAAACCACACAAAUGUAAUGAAUGUGGUAAAACUUUUUUCCAAAGUUCAAGCCUGGCUGACCAUCAGAAAAGUCAUGCUGGAGAGAAACCAUACAAGUGUGAUGAAUGUGGCAAAGCCUUUAUUGUGUAUUCAAGCCUAAUCAACCAUCAGGUAGUCCACACUAGAGGGAAACCUUACCCAUGUAAUGAAUGUGGGAAGACUUUCAUCAAACGUUCAAACCUUAGGCUUCAUGAGAGAAUUCACACUGGAGAGAAGCCAUACAGGUGUAUUGAAUGUGGCAAGGCCUUUAGGCAAUGGUCUGACAUCAGGAUUCACCAAAGAAUUCAUGCUGGAGAGAAGCCUUUCAAAUGUAAUGAGUGCGGCAAAGCCUUUACUCAGGGCUCACACCUCACUAGACAUCAGGUAAUCCAUACAGGAGAGAAACCAUAUAAAUGCGAUGUAUGUGACAAGGUCUUCAGUCAGAAUUCACACCUAGCAAGUCAUCGGAGAAUUCAUACUGGGGAAAAACCAUACAAAUGUAAUGAGUGUGGGAAAGCCUUUAGUGUUCGUUCAAGCCUAACUUACCAUGAGGUAAUUCAUACUGGAGAGAAAUCUUACAAAUGUAAUGAAUGUGGCAAGGCUUUUAUCAAGAGUUCACAUCUUAGGCAUCAUGAGAGGAUUCAUACUGGAGAGAAGCCAUACAGGUGUAUUGAAUGUGGCAAGACUUUUCGGCAAUGGUCUGACAUCACUAUUCACCAAAGAAUUCAUGCUGGAGAGAAGCCUUUCAAAUGUAGUGAGUGUGGCAAAGCUUUUACUCAGGGUUCACACCUCACUACACAUCAGAUAAUCCAUACUGGAGAGAAACCAUAUAAAUGCAAUGUAUGUGGUAAGCUCUUCAGUCAAAAUUCACACCUAGCAAGUCAUCGGAGGAUUCAUACUGGAGAGAAACCAUACAAAUGUAAUGAGUGUGGCAAAGUCUUCAGUCAAAAUUCACACCUUGUAAAUCACCAGAGAAUUCAUACUGGAGAGAGACCUUACAAAUGUAAUGAGUGUGGCAAAUCCUUUAGUGUGCCUUCAAGCCUCAGUAAACACCAGGUGAUCCAUACUGGAGAGAGACCUUACAAAUGUAAUGAAUGUGGCAAGGCUUUUAGCAGGUGUUCACACCUUAGGCUUCAUGAGAAGAUUCAUACUGGAGAGAAAUCAUACAGAUGUAUUGAGUGUGGCAAAGCCUUUAGACAGUGGUCCUACCUCAGGAUUCACCAGAAUUCAUUCUGGAGAGAAACCUUACAAAUGCUGUGAUUGUGGCAAAGCUUUUACUCGGGGCUCACACCUCUCCAGUCAUCAGAUAAUCCAUACUGGACAGAACCUUACAGAUGUA